CAUGGCGGCUUCCAUGGCAGGUACAACGAGAAUUGGAACUUGUUUCACAAAAGUUUUGUCUCUCAAAAGACAGACAACUGUUUCUUGCCAUCCUUACUUUCUCUGUGGCAUGAGGCAACAGAUAAGUACAUAUCACAUUGAAGGAAUUCAUAAUUUGUGCUUGAGAAACUGUGAGUCAGCAUUGAAUAGUCGCGAAAAUAAAAAAAUCCACCACCGCAAUUUCAUUGGUAAUCAUGUCAACAUUAGAAAGUAUAGCAAUGAACCGCCAGCUACAUCAUGCACGCCGUCUACCAGUACCAAUCCAACAAAGUUACCCGAGAUUAAAGUGGCAUUUCAGGACAAAUUGAAAGAUGGGCCUUCCUUGCAAGAUUUUAUCAUAUCGAAUGUUGAUGACAAUGUUUCCAGUCCUGCCAUUCACGGUGAAGAUUUCUCGACUGCAGAUUCUGUUCCAUAUCUUGAGGCGAAUUCAUUUGAAGCUAGGAACAGAAAAGUGUAUUUUGAGACGUAUGGAUGCCAGAUGAAUGUUAACGACACAGAGAUUGCUUGGGCAAUUCUACAAGAAAAUGGAUUUCAAAAAGUGCAGGAUGUUUUAAAGGCUGAUGUUAUCUUAGCUGUCACAUGUGCCAUCAGAGAAAACGCAGAGCAGAAGAUUUGGAACAGAUUGGAAUAUUUCCAGGCACUUAAGAAGAGAAGAAAAAAGGGACAACCUCCUCUUAAAGUUGGUCUUUUAGGCUGCAUGGCAGAACGUCUUAAGAAAGAGAUUUUAGAACGUUCUAAGAUAGUGGAUAUUGUUGCUGGACCCGACGCCUACAGAGAUCUACCAAGACUAUUGUCUGUUGCUCAUUCUGGACAGUCCGCUAUAAAUGUCAUGUUGUCAAUGGAUGAAACUUAUGCAGAUGUGAUUCCUGUAAGAUUAAGUGAAGGAUCCAAAUCAGCGUUUAUAUCUAUAAUGCGAGGCUGUGAUAAUAUGUGUAGUUACUGCAUCGUUCCAUUCACGAGGGGAAGAGAAAGAAGUCGACCUGUUUCUUCUAUUAUUGAUGAAGUCAAAAUACUGUCUGAUCAGGGUGUGAAAGAAAUAACUCUACUUGGUCAGAAUGUCAACAGCUACAGAGAUACCUCGGAAACUCUUUAUUAUGGACAUGAAACAGCAGUUGAUAAUGCAUCUCACCAACCUUCUCAUCUUGCUAAGGGAUUCAACACCAUCUACAAGGACAAAAAGGGUGGUCUAAGAUUUGCUGAUCUCUUAGAGAAAGUCUCAGCAGUGGAUCCUGAAAUAAGGAUCAGAUUUACAUCGCCGCAUCCGAAAGACUUUCCAGAUGAAGUGUUGUAUUUGAUUCGAGAUAGAGAUAAUAUAUGUAAGCAAGUUCACAUGCCGGCACAGAGUGGGAACUCCGAAGUCUUGAAAAGGAUGCGAAGAGGAUACACGCGGGAAGCGUAUCUUGAGUUGGUGGCGCACAUCAGAGCUAUUAUUCCUGAUGUUUCAUUAAGCAGUGAUUUUAUUGCUGGGUUUUGUGGAGAGACAGAGAUGGAACAUGAAGACACUUUGUCUUUAUUGAAACUUGUCCGCUACAAUUAUGCCUUCUUGUUUGCUUACAGCAUGAGAAAAAAAACAAACGCCUAUCAUAAGAUGAAAGAUGAUGUUCCUGAAGAAGUGAAACUUAGACGGCUUAAAGAAAUCAUCACGGUGUGUAGACAGGGAAUGGAGGAAAGUAACGCAGCACAGAUCGGACAAAAACAACUAGUCCUCAUUGAUGGGGUCAGUAAGAGAUCUGAUAAUGAUCUUGUUGGUCGGAAUGAUGGUUACAUUAAAGUCAUCCUACCUGAUAUAAAGGUUCCAUAUGGUCUUAAUACAUCUACUUUGAAGUCAAUCAAACCUGGUGAUUACGUGGCUGUACAUAUUGGGAGUUGCAAUUCACAGGUGUUGAAGGGGACACCGUUGUAUCAUACGACCAUUAAAGAGUUUCACAGUCAGGAUGUACAUGUAGAUGUGUUUACAAGGCACAGCAGUUAGCGAUUCUAAGAUAGAAGUGAAAAAAUGAUAGGUCAGUAUGGAGAGGGUUGGUAUCAAUAAAUUGUCUUAAGUUAUAUACUCUUCUGUGAUUUAGUAGUGCAAGUUUACCUUCUAUCUUUCUGCGGGUUCUUGGAGGUACUUAUUCUAAUGUAUCUCUUAGCCAUUGUCAGUGUACUGAUUGAAGUUGCCAACACUAACAGACUAAUAAAAUAGAGGAACCUACCUAAAGAGACACAUAGCUGACUGAACACUAAUAAAAUAGAGGAACCUACCUAAAGAGACACAUAGCUGACUGAAUACUAAUAAAAUAGAGGAACCUACCUAAAGAGACACAUAGCUGACUGAACACUAAUAAAAUAGAGGAACCUACCUAAAGAGACACAUAGCUGACUGAAUACUAAUAAAAUAGAGGAACCUACCUAAAGAGACACAUAGCUGACUGAAUACUAAUAAAAUAGAGGAACCUACCUAAAGAGACACAUAGCUGACUGAAUACUAAUAAAAUAGAGGAACCUACCUAAAGAGACACAUAGCUGACUGAAUACUAAUAAAAUAGAGGAACCUACCUAAAGAGACACAUAGCUGACUGAAUACUAAUAAAAUAGAGGAACCUACCUAAAGAGACACAUAGCUAACAGACUAAUAAAAUAGAGGAACCUACCUAAAGAGACACAUAGCUGACUGAAUACUAAUAAAAUAGAGGAACCUACCUAAAGAGACACAUAGCUAACAGACUAAUAAAAUAGAGGAACCUACCUAAAGAGACACAUAGCUGACUGAAUACUAAUAAAAUAGAGGAACCUACCUAAAGAGACACAUAGCUAACAGACUAAUAAAAUAGAGGAACCUACCUAAAGAGACACAUAGCUGACUGAAUACUAAUAAAAUAGAGGAACCUACCUAAAGAGACACAUAGCUAACAGACUAAUAAAAUAGAGGAACCUACCUAAAGAGACACAUAGCUGACUGAAUACCAAAUUUAAACAGUUUCCGGCGAAGUGUACCUUACAUGCUAUAUCUCAUUUCAGUGAAACUCUUAUCUUUAGUGCAUUAUGUUCUGUGUAGUUUGAUUUUUCGAAACCUUGAUUACGAUAAUUGAAGUACCCCUACCCUACAAAUAAACAGGCUUGUUGAGCUACUUUAUCAAUGAAUGUUCAAAGAGAGAGGUUCGUUUGUUCAAUCAGUCUUCAUUUGUAAGCAUAAUUGACAACAAAUCUAUGCUUAUUUGAGCAGUGCGUUUGUACAGCAUUUAUGCUUUGUCUAUUAUGAUAAACAUUGUUCAUAGUUAACUGUGUUAUUAGAGUGUAAAACUGGUUGCCUUAAUAACAAAUAUGCUUCUUCUGUAUUAUUCAGCUUAUCAAUAACGCAAACACUGAAUUGAAUUCUUUACAAUUUUGUUUUAAGGCUUGAAGGUGACCAGAUCAUAUCAUUUAUCGGAAUAUGGAACUAUUAAUUUCUGGUCCAAUAACCCAAAUAUUUACAGCAUGGUCCCGACACUUACACCCCUGUUUAUUUGAAACCGUCUCUACAACCCAAACGUCUAAGUAGUUAAUCGUGUCCUUGCUCUAAGCUUCAUAAUGGACUGAUAUGAAGUUCAUUUCCAUCUGGAAAACCCAUUUCCUGUCAGCAGGAUUUAAUGUUUCCUUUUUUUAUCAACCAAACCUGUCAUCAAAUUGCAAAUCUAGCCUAAACCGAAUGCCAAGGUGGUAGUUUGUAGAACUAUAUGGUUUGAUUGCUCAAUGUCGCAAGACUCACAGUCUUAUAUCUUGAGGUUUUAUAAUGUUAGUUGUCUGUCUUGUAUAAGGCUGGAUUCAUGAAGCACUUUAAGCUUUGUUUGACAUUGACGAAGAGGAAAUUACUAAAGCAAUGUUUGUGAGAAGAUUUCCGUACAGUUUGCUUGUUCAGCUGUUUCUUUUUCUUACAAGAAUAGUCCCUGAUAAGACAUUAAGAUGAAGAAGAAUGGAGCCACAUUUAUGGAUAACCUUUGCUUUACUUUACGAGUAUGUCUCGGUUUCGUAAAAAAUAAUUUAUAUUAAAAUCCAAAAGUAUCGAUUUCGGUUAGUGAAAUAUAUUUCUGGGUCUUUGUCCAAAAUUAAUGUUUGUUUGAAUUAAAACCGAUUCUUCUCAAAGUGUUAUAAAAAGAACGAAGUUAAGUCUGUUAAGUUAACAAAUCAAGUAUUAGCAACCCUGAGGGGUAUGACUAUGAGCUGAGGUUGUGUUGCAUUGUUAAUUACAAAACAACUAAACGAGUUUAUGAAUGGAAUUUGAUUCAAUUUCAUGGCUGGAAUCCACACAAACCUUUUACAUUGAAUUAUCUUUAGUGAUGUAUUGGCUUUAUUAGAAGUUUCAGUUCCGAACUUCUAAACUAAUGGAAUUACCCCCUUUUUUUUUUUGCGAAAUUUUUAUAAAAAGACGAACAUGUCAGUUUGCAUUCUGCUGAAAACCUCAUAAUGAUUUUUGUAAAGUUAUAACAAGUAACUUCAAACAAUACAGUCAAGUUACUUCUAAAUGUCUGGAAAUUAUCUGAUACGAAAAUACUGAUUUUGUUUUAUGUUGUGCGCUUUUAUAAAUAUAACUUUUGAAAUUAAGUAUCGAAACAUUGUAUGUUCCGGGUUUGAAGUGGAAUUGUUUGAUAAAACAAAUAGGUCUACUGCUAGCCGGUUUUGAUGAUAAAUGAGGCUUUCAUUCGUGCAGAUUUAAAAGGGAACAAAGUCCAGGUUUUAUACUCGUGUAUUCCCCACUCCAAAAAAAUAGGCACUGCGCUGUCGGUUUUCAUGUUCUACAUAAUGUAACGUGUAUAGUCGCACUUAUCAAAAUGUCUCUAUUAAAGUAAUUGCCUUGUUUGAGAA